AUGCAGAAAAUCACCGAUUUCUACUUCAUUUCCAGUGAUUUCGAUGGUGAAUUUUUCAGUAUCUUCAAAUUCAUACCGGAACAUAUCCAAAAGAAUAUCACAUCGCCAGAAUUACAUAGAAUGUUGUCAAAUAUGCUCGAUAUUUACUCUACUAGUAUUAAAGUUUCAAUUAUUGAUUUCAUUGUACUGGAAAUUCUACCGGGACUUGCAGAAUUCCACCCGCAAUCAAUCGAGUUUUUCCUACGCGUGUAUCCCCUCUUCCCAGAAUCAAAAAUUCUGAGAGAAAUCAUGGUUAAAUUUGCAGUCAUCAUUAGCGCAUCGAUGACUAAAGCGGGACUUGUAAAUCCAUUCGACAUUAAUGUAAAACUCCCUCAAUCGUGUACUUUACCACCACUUUACUCACAAUCUACAAAUCCUCAAAAAUCUACCUUCAAAAAAGAGUUUAACUUCGAGAACUACAAGCCAAACCACAUAGACUCCCAAAUAAUACAAGUAGAUGACCUUUACAAGAGCCAAUUUUCCCCAAUUGCCGAACAAUUGACGAAAAUGUUCAAUAUUUCACCGACAAACGUUUUCGAUGAAGCCGCCAAAGCCUUAUUUACACAAGUUGUUGAACCAUCUCCUUUUGUUUACGAUUUUACUGGAUUUUUGUUAUCAUUGUUCCUGAAAACGAAGAAAUUCCCAAAUAACUUCUUUAACUCAUUCAUAUUUAGCGAUAGAUUGACCCCGUCUAUUAAUAACUUUGAAAUUGUCCAUUCAAUCAGAUAUAUAAUUUUAGAUAAUUAUUUCAAGCAGUUAGGAGCAAGAUGUUCAGAUUUUAUGAAGGUAUUUGAACCAUUCCCAUCAUCCUUCCAAGAUGUAAUCUCUUGUCUCAUCAAAAUCAUCCCAACUUCGCUCACAUUUUUGCAUCCAAUUGCAGAACCGCUUUUAGAGGUUAUUUUCAAGUUCUCUGUAUCUAUGGUCAACAUGGCUGCUUUCGAUGACCUCGCUGCUCAAUGUAAUUUGUUCAGAACAAACGUAUUUUUAAUGUUCCACAUAUUCAUUAGCGAAUACGACUUUUUGACCAUUUUAUCCGAAAAUACCCAUUUAUCUGAGACAAUCUGCCAAUUCCUUAUGGAAGAUAACUGCAGGAAAUUCAUUUUUGACGAAAUUACAAGAAUUUUAUCAUGGAAAUCGAUAAAACUGAAAGAUAACAAACUCCUUGCUGCAUUCGAGACAAGGCUCAAAGUAAUUGUCAUGAUUAUUAAAGAUCAGCACGAAUUGCAACAAAUUUUCAAUUUCAUAUCUUCCAGUGUCAGAACAAUAUUACAGGCACAUCCGCAGUUAACAAGGGAUUUCCAUAAAAUCUUUACCAUCAUGAUUGAGUCAAUCUCUGACCUUUCUACAAAUGAUGAUCAUUGUAUUGAGAAUAUGCUUGAUCUGUUGCUUUCUUUCAACAUUUCAAGUAUCAAAUAUGGUGUUGAUGUAUCGAUUUCGGAUAGAGAAGAGAUGCAUUUCUCGAAUUGGAUUUUAUCUGCUUACCAAAACCAUCCUCCUCCUGAACUCUACUUGCAUUUAAUGAAGUGCUUGGCGCAUGAUACGAAAUUGGACAUUUCGAAGCCAUUUGAGUUCGUAAAUCCAAAAGUUAUUUCUAUAAUGCUGAAUUCCUUUAAAUACACAUCUCUACUUCCAGAAAUCGUCCAAAUAAUUACAAAGAAGUGCGAUGAGAGCGGCUACAACUGCAAUAUUUGCAAUAAAUACGAAAUUGACCUCGCAAUCGUUUCUUUCAUCGAAAAAACAAGAAUUGACCCAACAAUUCCCAUCAAAGAAGAACAACCAGAAGAUGCUACAGUUAAAAACAUCGAUCCGAGGUCAGUUCUCCAGUUAUUUAAGUUAUUUGAAACAAUUUCAAUACGAACAUCCAGUUAUGUAUCAGCUUUAAGGUACAUUUCAUUGUUUAGUCCAAUAGCCAAUGCAUAUCUGCCCUCGUACUACGAAUGCGCCCUUGAAACUCUUGAAAAUAUGAUUUCAUCCGCAAAUCAACAGGCGGAAACCGCUUAUCCGUUCACGAAAUACUCAAAGAUCUCAUUCAUCAACCUCCCGGAGCUUCUCUACAAAUCGGGAUUCAAAGCUGUCCUUUGGUUCCUUCCAAUGAGAGAAAAUUCAGCCCAACCUGUCAAAAUUUUAACGGCUGACAACUCAUCCGGCCAAAUAAUUUCAUUUAAAGUUGAUUCCCAGCACAUCAUCAUCACUUUCCAGAGCGAAGACAAGACAAUUGAGCAAAUCGAGAAAAUUAAUUUCGAAAUCAACAAAUGGAACUUACUUUCCGUCCAAAUACAGUCAACACCACAUAAUUCUCCUAAGAAUUACCAAGUAAAAGUCUCCGUAAACAAUCAAACCGAAAAAACCGUUACUUUUCCAUAUUUUCCAUUAACGAAAGACGGAUUAAUGGCAUGGAUAUUUGCGGAUGACGUUGACUGUCCUGAUUAUUACUUAGGGCCAUUUGGAAUUUGUCUUCCCACCGCUGAUCUUACUAAUUAUUACAAAGACGGACCGAGACAAUUCAAGAAAAACAACGGAAUUUUUAUAAUUUACGCGAAUCCGUUUUUGAUUAAUAAUUAUUUGACUUUGGAUGAUUUUGCACAUGUUAAAUACAAUUCCUUUAUUGUUCACACUAUACAGAAUUUGCCAGAUAUCAUUGCAAGCCAUGGAAAUGUACAAGUAUUAGUUCCUUUACUUGCACAAUGCGACAUGCAAGAUCAGAAAGGAAAAAUCAUCGAAAAAUCAUUUAUGAGAUCGAUGAAAAUUAUUUGUUCUGUAUUGACAUUGCAUCAGAACGCCCAGAUAAAGUUCGAAAAUUGUUUUUCGAUACUGAGUUUCUUUAUUCAACAGUUCCCUCAGCAUCAAUCGAAAGAAUUAUAUGAUUUGUUUGUUGAUUUAUUAGAUUUUCUUCAUGAAAAAUCAUUGAUAGAAAGUUUGAUAAAAAUCAUUUUGACAAAUCAUAAUAUCUGGUUCAAGUCUGACCCGAGAUUGGCUGAAUACGUCACUGAGAAAUGGUCAGACCACAUUGCAACAUACCAUGGCCGCGAAAUAGGAAGAGUUCGAAGAUUUUGGUGGUUUACGGCACUUUUAAUUCGUUAUUGCUACAGAGUUAAAGAGAAAAUCUCGUUGGAAAGAAGCGAAUUCGAUGUGGAAUUAGUAAGAAAGAAUAUCUAUAACACAUUGAUUAAAAUAGCUAAGGAUUCAUGGCUGGAAACAAAGGAUUUCGAAAUAAUCGCUCAUCAAAUUUUGACAGUAAAAGAUGACGAAAUAAGAAAGUCACUUUUACAGUUCACUUAUGACUUAUUAUCAAAAACUAAGAAUGUUUAUAAGGAUAAGGAACAGUUGAUUGAACCUUUGUUGAUAAUAAGAGUUCUUCUCCUCAAAAACAAUAUAGAUAUUUCUAUUUUGGUGUUCAUGAUUUUGUCAGAAAUGUCAAUUUCUUCAAAAGUGACAGUUUUCAAUUAUUAUGAGAUUAUCAUGAGAGAAAUUGAAGAUGAAUUUGUUCCUAACGAAGAACUCUUCCUCAAGCUUGCAGAGUUAUGCCAAACGAAAGUUCCAAGCCUGUUAAACAUCGUCUGUUGGAUGGCAAUGCAAUUUGACAAACCGGAAUUUUACGAAAUUUUAUUGAAUUUCAAACCGUCGAAUCAAUAUUACAUGCAUAAUUUCAAUUGGGCGGUUUGGCCGGUUAUUUUAAUACAUACGAUAAAAGACAAUAAAAAACGGUUGAAGUUCAUGGACUUUCUUAUUAAUUGUACUCCUGAUGGAUGGUCAACAGUUAUGUACACGAUUGUAAGUGUUUCUUUGGCUUUGGAUUAUAAUAUGAGACUUUUGCAGCAAAUAAUGAUAAAAUCGUUAGCGAAUAAUAUCGAUAAAUAUCCUGACCAACAAGAGAAUUUUGAACAAUUUGUUAUAGAAUACUUAUUCUUUUAUAUCCAAGAAUAUAGAAAGAAUCAAUCUGAUGACUUAAAUUACUUAAGUCCUUGCAUACAAAAAUUGUUCUCAAGAUCAGCUUACGUUUCAAGAAAUGAAGUGAAAUUGGAUGGAAAAAGAAAGUCACAAUCUAAAAUCAUCAUCAAAAGAUUGUCACAGAUUUUAGAUUCCCUUCCUAAUUUAACAACACGUGCUGUUAUUAACCAGCCAACUAAAAAUUAUCACUUGAAAACUGUCAGUUACCAAGAAUUGGACAACAAUUUGAAUGACAUCUUAACUAAUUCUAUAAUUAAAACUGAUGUGAACAUGGUAUUCGAUAACGAUGGAAUUUGGACUGAUUACGAAUUGUGCCAGGAAAUAUUCCCUAAAAUAAAGAAAUACGGUGCAAUUUUCAAAAUUUUGUUGUAUAGAUAUCAAAUUCGAGUCGGAAUUGUUAAAAUCGAACAAAAGAAUCAAAUAGAAAGUUUGUAUAGAGUUACAUGGAACGAGGUGAAUACUUUCUUUGAGAACAUGAACUCCAAGAACAAAGAAUACUGUGAAGUCGUGAGAGAAUUCAUACAAACAUUGGGAGAUGACCAAGAAAGAAUCAAAGAACAAGAUCAAGAAAUUUCUCCCGUCAAAUUGUUGUCAAAACAAUUCCCUGUUUUGUUGGACCAGUUGAUUAAAAGGUUUGACGAAGAAGACUCCAACGAUGUCAUGUCUCAAAAGACUCUUUGGGCCAAACUAUGGCAUAAGAUGACAACAGAAAGAGCUCCUUGGUUCAAUUCCAUUCCGAAACAAGAUAGAAUUGCGUAUUUCAAGAGAGACAACAUUCUUUGCCAAGGAAUUCCUGCCAAGUUCAAGAGAAACUAUCAUUACGAUGUACACUCUUUAGCUUCUGCAAUGAGAGACUCAGGAAACAAAACUACAGCAGAAAACGUCGUAAAAGAAGCAGAAAUUGCCAAGAAAUUCGGUUUGAAAGAAAAAGCGGUACUUUUGACGAUACAAACCGAUGAAAAUGAAAAAGAUGAAAGUUCAGAGAGUAAUUCAUUGAAUGUUUAUCCAUAUCAUUACGAUUGUAUUUUAGUUACUUGUGCGCAUACUACUUUGGCAUCGUUUAAUUAUAACAACACUGAAUUCUGUAUACAAAGAACAGGAAAAGGAAUUCACAUUUUGCCAUUUAAAGAAGUAGAAUCAAUAUUCUGGAGAACAGUUUUCCAUAAGAGAACAGCUAUUGAAAUAUUCAUGAAAAACGGUGAAUCGUAUUUUGUCAAUUUCCCUGAGAUUAAUUCCAUAAACAUCCUGAAAGACUUGAAGAACAAAAUACCAACAGCGUUAGUACAAACAACUGACUUCCCUGCUUUCUUCGCUUCCAGUGGAUUGACACAGAAAUGGAUCAACAGAGAAAUCUCCAAUUUCGAGUAUUUGUUGGCUAUAAACAAAUACGCUGGAAGAUCUUUUAAUCAUUUAAGUCAAUACCCGAUAUUACCUUGGAUAUUAACUGAUUACGAAUCAAAUACAAUCGACUUGAAUGAUAAAAAGAUCUAUAGAGACAUGGGAAAACCAAUUGGAGCAAUGAACGAAUCCAGAUUGGAAGAAAACCGCCAAAAAAUGAAAGAAUUGGAAGAAAAUUCACCAGGAGUUGGAGAUUUGUUCUCUAAGCCAUAUUUGUAUUCCAAUGGUCCAAUGGCUCCACAAACAAUAUUUGUUUAUCUGAUAAGAACGGAGCCAUUCUGCAAAUUGCACAUCGAACAUCAAGGAGAAAAAUUUGACAAUCCUGACAGACAAUUCAGAUCUGUCGAAAAAGUUUUCAAACUCGUGAUGAAUGAGAUGAAUUUCUAUUCCGAGCUGAUCCCUGAGUUCUUCUAUCAACCAGAUUUCUUGAGGAACUACAACCAUUUCGAUCUUGGAAAGAGCGAAGGAAAGGACAUUUCGGAAGUAGAUUUGCCAAAUUGGGCGAACAAAUCUCCUUUCCAUUUCAUUUACACGAUGAGAAAAGCUCUUGAAAGUGAGUAUGUUUCUGAAAAAUUGCAUAAAUGGAUCGAUUUAAUGUUCGGCAAGAAACAGAAAUCUCUUGAAUCGAACAAUCUUUUCUUGUGGGCUUUGUACGCCGACGCAUGGGAAGUUUCUAAAAACGAUCCUUCAAUGCAAGUUUACAUCGAACAAGAAACAACUCACUGCGGACAAAUUCCUCAGCAAUUAUUUACUGAUUUCCAUAAACCAAGGAAUAAACCUGCAUCCCACGGAAGAAUGUUUUCUUUCCAGCCAACACCACAACAGACUUCUUCAUACACUGUUCCUUUGUUCCAACAAAAUGAUGAUAGUCAUACAAUUGUUGCUGGCCAAGUAAUUGAAUGCCAAAAUGGUCAGUUCACUUUCGCUAUUAUUUCCAAAGAUGGAACUGUUUAUAUCACUAAUGUCACAACAAGGGAGAUCUACGAAGACAAAUCCAAGAGAUCUCCGUUGAAUGCGAUUUCUAGUGAUAAAAAAUACAGUUUCGACACAACAAAAAUUGCUGCUUGUGGAAAAUCUUUGUUUGUCGUCGGAACAACUAACAGAGAAAUCUUCGAAAUAUGUGCAGAUGCGAAAGUCAACAAAUACGCAGUUUCUCCAUCAGAUAUCCUUUGUAUUGCAUCAUCCAAGAAAUACUUGAUAACAGGAGAUAUCGAAGGAGUUGCAACUGUUUACGACAUUCCUUCUAAAUCUGUUUACUGCUCGAUUGAUAUGUUCAGAGCAGGAAUAACAAGUAUUGCGAUAUCAGAAGAAUACCACAUGUUUGUUUGCGGAAUGUCUGAUGGUUGUAUCAUCAUUUGUUCCUUGAAUACGAAAUCUUUCGUCAGAGUAAUAAACCUCAAAGAUUGCUUCCCAGGAGUUCCUGAUUCUGAAAUCAUUCCAAGAAGAAUUGUUAUUACAGAAGGAUGGGGAUUCAUCACUGUUUUCUUCGGUGGUGAAAAGGAAAGAAAAGUGUGUUUGUUCACAAACAGUGGAAAUGAUGAACCAAUCAACUCUUCCAUCAAAAUGAACAAACACAUGACACCUGAGACAUCUGCAAUUGCCAUCAAAGAUGAAAAGGGAAUUGAUUAUAUAAUACAAUCGUAUGGAAAAUCAAUUUUGUUCUUUGAAGCUGCAGAACUCAAACAAAAUAAUUUGAUUUACGGAGAAGCUCCUGAUAAGAUAAAUAACUUGUAUUAUUCUUACCAGCACAGCUUCAUUGUUGCAAUAACAUCGAGCGGAUUCCACUUUGUUCCUUUUGGAUCAAAGGAUUUGUAA